AUGGCCUCUUCCUCUCUUACUCCGGUGAUGAAAGACGGCGAAUAUAGAAACUGGUCGGAGCUUCCGUCUGAGUUGACUUCAUCUAUCCUUCGAAGGCUCUGCGCGGUUGACAUAUUGGAAAGCGCUCAGAAAGUGUGUACAACAUGGCGUCGCGUCUGUAAAGCCCCUGAGGUGUGGCGAAAGAUUGACAUGGGUAGCAGCCUAGGACACUUGGUGUACGACCCGAAAUACGUGACAAUGUGCCGUCAUGCAGUCGAACGUAGCCAGGGAGGUUUGGUUGAGAUUGACAUUUCGUAUUUCGGCACUGAUUCUCUCCUCAACUACAUCGCCGACAGCUCAAGUAACCUGAGAAGCCUUAGUCUUGGAGAGUGCGAUCUAUUUACAGAUGAGGGUCUUACCAGAGCACUUGUGAAGCUUCCAUUGCUUGAAGAACUCGAAGUCUCAUACUGCUAA